AUGAACUGUGGGCAAUUUAAUUAUCGGCCGCGGAAGCACAAGUCAUCGAUUAAACCGUGCAAAUCCCAGACGGCUGAAGACCUUCGCGCCGAAUUGGCCCUAGCACAUAGAUUGUCAUCAUCGGCUCGGCAAGAGAGUAUUCUUGUAUUUCUUGGCACCGAGCGAGACGAUCCGGAUUUCAUACGGAAGGCACAUCCGUGGCUUCAAUUCGAGCUCCGACACACCCACACAUGCAAUCUGAUCGUCUUCAAAGCCCUGAAAAUACCCAAUGUUCCCGUUGCAGCUUUGCAAAGCUCCACACCUCUGGUGUUGUCAUUUAAAGCUGGUUCGUACUACUAUCACAGUAGACUUUUCUUCGCCUCUGACUUACAGUACCUUGUUAUAAUCGCAUGCUUUUAUGUCCAGAUCAGCCAAAGUGUAAAGCUGCUUCUGAGCUACCAUCAUACAAUUUAUUUAGCGGAGCGAACAUAUUCCGAUCUCAAGGAAAGAUUGGUGAAAGAAUGCAGGUCGAUACAAGGCGUAUCGCUCGUGUCCUAUAGGAAAAUAAGAAAGGCUUGA